AUGGCAGAUGACAAGGCCAUCGAGCCAGCUCCCGUCGGGGCUGACGAACCAGACUCUUCUAACAACUCGGCCAAAAAUGCCCAUACUGAUGUAAAUGACCUAUCAAAACAUGACCAUCAUGUUCACAAAGACGGAGCAGAUGCUGCCCUUGACUUGUUGAACGAAACCGGCGGAAUCAGUCAACCUUUCGACGCCAGAGCCAACAAACGACUCAUCCGCCGCAUCGAUACUCAUAUAAUGCCUCUCAUUUGUACCGUUUACUUCUUACAGUACAUCGACAAGACUGCAGUUUCCUAUGCGAGCGUUACUGGCAUCCAACAAUCAACUGGUCUCAAGGGAAACGAGUUCAACUGGGUCGCUUCGAUUUUCUUCUUCGGUCAACUCGGCUUUCAGUUCCCUACUGUUCGACUUCUUCAAGUAUUCCCUCUCGCCAAGUACGUAUCGGUCAACGUUACACUAUGGGGCGUAACGCUUGCUUGUAUGGCUGCAUGCCAUAACUUCAGUGGCCUUCUCGCUUGUCGGUUCUUUCUGGGUGCCCUCGAAGCUGCGAUUGUCCCAGCCUGGGUCCUCUUCACAUCUCAAUGGUACACGAAAGAGGAGCAAGCUUUUCGAGUUGGAAUUUGGUUUUCCGUUUGCGGCGCCGCCCAGAUGUUUGGUGGAUAUUUUGCUUACGGCGUUGCAACGCACGUUGGCAAAGAUCCAGAUGCUGCUUUGAAAGGAUGGCAAGUUAUCUUCCUCGUUCUCGGUCUUCUCACUGUUGUGGUAGGAAUCAGCUUCUGGUUCAUCAUGCCAGAUUCUCCUGCAGUUGCUGGAUUCCUGGACAAGGAGAAGAAAGCCAUGCAUCUUGAGCGUAUUCGAGGAAACGUGCAGGGCAUUGGUACCCAGACGUUCAAGUGGGCUCAUGUCAAGGAGGCUUUGACUGAUAGCAUGACUUGGCUAUAUGCCUUCUGGGUUUUUGCUGCCAACAUUCCUAACUCUAUUGCCACCAGUUUCGGAAAUAUUCUUGUUAAAGGUAUGGGAUAUACCAAUGAGGAGUCUCUGUUGCUGGUCACUCCCCUCGGAGCUUGGGAGAUUGUCUUCCUGAUCGGCCUGACUUACGGAGCUAUGAAGACAAGACAACGGUUGUUCUUUUGCAUUGCUGGCCAUAUCCCUGCCAUCAUCGGAGCCAUCUUGAUGGCUACCACUGAAAAGGUUCCCGCCCUCAUUGGAUAUUACACAACUGGAGGUAUUCCCAUUGGCUGGACCACUAUUCUCGGACUUCAAAGCUCCAACGUGGCUGGCUCUACCAAGAAGAUCACCGUCUCGUGUAUCGGAACUAUCGCAUAUACUGUUGGAAACAUCAUCUCACCUCACACCUUUCAAGCUCGUGAUGGGCCACGAUAUCUUCCCGCCAAAAUCUCCAUCUGCAUCAUUUACUUCCUUUGCACCAUUGACUUGUUAGUCAUGAGAUGGGUCUUCGAUCGAAGGAACAAAAAGAGGGAUGCCGAGAGAGCUGCGCUGGGGGAUCAGUACAGAGUGGAAGAGAACCACGAGUUUCUGGAUCUGACCGAUCUGGAGAACAAGGAGUUCCGUUAUGAGUUGUAA